ACUAAUAGCACUGCCCACCAGCAUUUCCCUCAUAAAGGUUCCGUGGUUCACAUACACUCAUCCAUGCGUUCAAUAUCAGCGGACCUUUCCGCGUGCAUUGGCAUCAUUGAGCAUUCUCUUUGCGAAUUUAGAUCCCCACCGUGCAUCCCCGUCUCCCAACAUGGCGUUCUCGGACGAGACAAAAGACGAUGCACGGGCCGAAACCACACUCCCUAUUCUCGUCGAGGUUACGAAACAUUUCAUGACUUGCUGGGAUGGAAGUACCUAUGGUUGGGUGAAGAAGGUGCAAGAUAUGGGCAUACAGGAAUAUAUGGACAAACUCAAGAGCCGCCAGUUGGAUUACACGGACGGGCAUUCCUGCCGAGUCCUUAGCUGCAGGAUCCUGGCUACAAGGCUCGGCAUGCAGGCAGCGACCGAUCUCACGUCCCCGAGUGGCGUCGACGCAGUUCUCAAAAACCUCGAUCUUCUGCCGAUUGUCCCUCAACAAAUAUUAGUCAACAUUCACAAUCGCAAACACACCCUACUGGACAAAGGGUGGAAAACUCGCGAAAGGACACAGCACGAAGGGUGGUAUGGCCUUUCUAUGACACUUGUAGUCCAACACGCCACGCACACAGCUGGAAAAGAGUUGAGUGCGAGCGAUAUCGAACAGAAAGGUGAUGGCUUCAUCCGCAAGUUCGCCAAAGCCGUUGCCUCAGAUUUGAGUACAUACGAUAUCAACUCUGAACUCGAACACAAGGACAUAUAUGAUAUUACGCCGAUGCGAGGUGGAUGUGAAUUUGGAUUGAUCGAGUUCAUUGAGACAAUCGCAUGGGAAGCCGCUUUCAUCGCACUGCAGCCGAAGUUCCCGGACUACUCUCGACCAGGAGAUACGCUCUUGUCGUUAAUCAGAUCCUACAAGCCGAUGUCUGCGAGGGAAUUCCUCGAUUAUUUGGAACUAAACGCCUAGAUACGGAGAUGGUCCCCUUAUCACGGGAUCCGUGCGUCGUACAUGAUGGACGGUUUGCCCCCAAUGCCAAGGAGUCUUAGGAUUAUUCUAUCGCCGUGCGACAGCAACAAGGGAACUGGCUGGGAUCGAAUGGGAAAGUCUGGGAGGCGCAGCUGUAGAUCUUCGUCAACGCAUUUCAUACGCAGCACAGAUGCACAUCAAAAGCAAUAUGACAGCAUCACGCACCGAGCGUUUUCCCCUUCUCCCAAAAAAGCCGCUCAUCGUCCCCAUUAUCCCGGCUGUCGUCGCUGCCAACUCCAUGUGUCUCAUCGCUCAUCCUUUCAUAUGCCGCUUUCCUAUAUUUUCCUUCCACUGAAGCCGAAAUGCAUCGUUGAGGGGAGAUUGGGGGCCAAGAUGACGUUUAAGCUCAGGGGGCCACCUUCAGUGAUUUUGGAGGGUUGGCACUGGGACGAUGGAAGAAUCAAUGUAACGGAAAGAAUGAAGUUGUGCUCAAGCAGAACGAGCCUGCGGCUGCUUCCAAGGUCGGUCGCCGAAUCUAGAUUAGUUGAUUAUGCCACACGAUGUGGCUGAGUGGCUGCAGUAAAAUAUUGUAAAUCAUUGUGCCCAAAUACCACGUAAUAUUUUCGCACUGUAUUAGCG